AUGCUUCCAUGGGACUACCGGGAUGCCCCCUGGGGCCCUGCCAGGCCCCCAGUGGACUACCAGAAGGCCCCUCAGGGGCCCCAUGGUAUUACCAGGACAGGCCAAAGGCCCCAGGGGGCCCCAGAGGCCCUAGCAAAGCCAGGGGUCAGAGGUCAUCCCAGGAGUGUGGGUGCUCCCAUGGAACCUCCUAGGGGCGUUGGCGACCCCAGGAGCCCUUCCAGGGGCGGUAGUGCCCCCAGGGGCUCUCCCAGCGAUGGUGGCGCACCCAGGGGCUUUGUCAAGAGCGGCAGCGUCCCAGCGGUCCUCCCAGGGGUAACAGCACCCGUAGAGGCCCUCCCUGGGGCAACGGCGCCCCAGAGGCUUCAUCCUGAUGUCAUAUAUAUUGCAUGA